AUGAUUAUUAUAACAAUAUAGGUUAAUUGGAAUUUAUAUUAAAAUCAAGCUCUUGUAUUAUAAAGCUUAAACAGAUUUGAAGAAGCAUUAUAAUAUUAUGAUUACGCAAUUUAAAAAAAUCCUGAAGAUUUUAAUGCAUAUAACAAUAAAGGUAAAUUGGAAUUUAUAUUAAAAUCAAGCUGAUGCAUUAUAAAAGUUAAACAGAUUUGAAGAAGCAUUAUAAUAUUAUGAUUAUGCAAUUUAAAAAAAUCCUGAAGAUUUUAAUGCAUUUAACAAUAAAGGUAAAUUGGAAUUUAUAUUAAAAUCAAGCUGAUGCAUUAUAAAAGUUAAACAGAUUUGAAGAAGCAUUAUAAUAUUAUGAUUAUGCAAUUUAAAAAAAUCCUGAAGAUUUUAAUGCAUUUAACAAUAAAGGUAAAUUGGAAUUUAUAUUAAAAUCAAGCUGAUGCAUUAUAAAAGUUAAACAGAUUUGAAGAAGCAUUAUAAUAUUAUGAUUAUGCAAUUUAAAAAAAUCCUGAAGAUUUUAAUGCAUUUAACAAUAAAGGUAAAUUGGAAUUUAUAUUAAAAUCAAGCUGAUGCAUUAUAAAAGUUAAACAGAUUUGAAGAAGCAUUAUAAUAUUAUGAUUAUGCAAUUUAAAAAAAUCCUGAAGAUUUUAAUGCAUUUAACAAUAAAGGUAAAUUGGAAUUUAUAUUAAAAUCAAGCUGAUGCAUUAUAAAAGUUAAACAGAUUUGAAGAAGCAUUAUAAUAUUAUGAUUAUGCAAUUUAAAAAAAUCCUGAAGAUUUUAAUGCAUUUAACAAUAAAGGUAAAUUGGAAUUUAUAUUAAAAUCAAGCUGAUGCAUUAUAAAAGUUAAACAGAUUUGAAGAAGCAUUAUAAUAUUAUGAUUAUGCAAUUUAAAAAAAUCCUGAAGAUUUUAAUGCAUUUAACAAUAAAGGUAAAUUGGAAUUUAUAUUAAAAUCAAGCUGAUGCAUUAUAAAAGUUAAACAGAUUUGAAGAAGCAUUAUAAUAUUAUGAUUAUGCAAUUUAAAAAAAUCCUGAAGAUUUUAAUGCAUUUAACAAUAAAGGUAAAUUGGAAUUUAUAUUAAAAUCAAGCUGAUGCAUUAUAAAAGUUAAACAGAUUUGAAGAAGCAUUAUAAUAUUAUGAUUAUGCAAUUUAAAAAAAUCCUAAAAAUGCUUAAAUUUACAAUAAUAAAGGUAAAUUUAAAAUAAUGUCUAUAAUAUUCAGCUUGCACUUUAGAAGAUUUAAAUAGAUUUGAAGAAGCUUUGACAGAAUAUGACUUUGCAAUUUAAAGAAAUCCUGAAAAUUAUCAUGUAUUUUUUAAUAAAGGUUAUUACUUUACUUAUAAGAUAGCGCUAACAUUAUAAAAUUUAAAUCGGUUUGAAGAAGCUUUAUAAUAUUUUGAUUAUUCAAUUUAAAAAAAUCCUAAAGAUUAUAAGGCUUUUUUGAAUAAAGGUAAAUAGUUUUGGUAAAUAGCUAAUUUAUUACAAAGUUUAAAUAGAUUUGAAGAAGCUUAAAAAUAUUAUGAUUAUGCUAAAAAUCCUUAAGAUUAUAUUAAAAAAAGUUAAAUUACUUGAUUUAUAUAAAAUAGCUAAAGUAUAGGAAAGCAUUAAUCAUUAUUUAAAAGUUUUUAAAAAAAAUGAUUAUUCGAUUGAAAAAAAUACUGAAGAUUAUAAAGCAUAUUUAAAUAAAGGUAAUUAAUUAAAAAAUGUUACAUAUUUAGCAAUGAUAUUAUAAAAUUUAAUUGGAUUUGAAGUGGCUUUAUAAUAAUUUGAUAACGAUAUUUAAAACAAUCCUGACAACAUUUGCUUGAACAAUAAAGGUAAUCCAAAUUAAUGAAAAUUUAGCAAUGAUGUUACAAAAGUAAAAUGAAGAAGCUUUAAAAUAUUAUGAUUAUGAAAAUUAAAAUAAUUCUGAAGAUUCACUGUUGUACUAUGGAAAAGGUAAAAACAAAUAAAAUAGUAAAAUAUAGCUAUUAAAUUAGAUAAAUUAAAUAGAUUUGAAGAAGCAAAAUAAUAUGAUUUUGCAAUUUAAAAAAAUCCUGAAGUUUCUCAUAAUGAAGGUAGAAAUUAAUAAAAUUUAAUAAUUAGUACAUACAUUAAUCAAGUUAAAUAAAUUUGAAAAAGCUUUAGAAAUUUUUGAUAACUCUAUUUAAUCAAAAGCUGAAAAUUCUUACUUAUACAACAAUAAAGGUAAAAUUUAUAAAAUAUAUCAACAAAGCAAAGAUAUUAUUUAAUUUAAAUAGAUUCGAAGAAGCUUUACAAUAUUUCGAUAAAGCUAUUUAAAUAAAUCCUGAAAAUCCUUACUUUUACUAUAAUAAAGGUAAAAUUGAUAAAAUAAUAAAUAAAGCAAUGAUAUUAUUAAAUUUAAAUAGAUCUGAAGAUGCUUUAGAAUAUUUUGAUAAAGCAAUUAAAAUAAACCCUGAAGAUUCUUGCUUUUACAAUAAAAAAGGUAAAAUUACUAAAAUGUCUAAUAUAAAGCAUCUACUUUAGAAGAUUUAAAUCGAUUUGAAGAAGCUUUAACAGAAUAUGACUUUGCAAUUCAAAAAAAUCCUGAAGAUUAUAUGACUUUUUUCAAUAAAGGUAAAAUAUUUUGAAUCUCUAGCAAAUUUAUUACAAAAAUUAAAGAAAUAUGAAGAAGCUUUAAAAUAUUAUGAAAUAGCCAUUAAUAGAAAUCCCAAUAUUCCACAUUUUUAUACUGCAAAAGGUAUUUUUUUUUAGUAAAUUAAGGUGAUUUACUUCUAAAUAUGAAUCGACAUGAAGAAGCAAUAUAAUCUUAUGAGUAUGCCAUAAAUAGAAAUCCUGAUGAGCUGCAUUUUUAAUCUGAAAAAGGUAUUUUUUUCCAUUUAUCGUAACGACUUUAAUGUUGAUAAAAAUUCUGAGAAGGCCAUUAUUCAGUGAAAAGUAG